AUGCAAACAUGGACUCAGGCAGGACUUAAGAGCAUCAACAGCAUUCAUAACCUCCCUCCACCACCACCAACCAAGCGACCCCUGAUCCGAUACACACCCCCUGGCCCCCCACCCAUCGACCAGAAACACCAAACCCUAACCCUUUACACCAUCACCCCCAUCCCAGAAUCCCAGCUCGAAGACCUCCGUGAAGAACUCUUCCUUGAACUCGUCAAAUUCGACAUCACAGGCAGGAUCUAUCUCGCCAAGGAUGGGGUCAAUCUCCAUGUCUGCACUCCAGUCCAACACGCCGAGUCCCUUCGCUUGUCUCUCCAAACACUUGUUCUGGAUCGGUUCGGAAAGGGGCCCGAUGGAGCUAUCUGGAAUGUAUCGUGUGAUCAGCCUGGAGAGCGAGUUUUCAGAAAGUUGAAGGUUGCUGUCAAGAAGCAAUUGGUGGUUGAUGGACGGUUGGAUCAGUGGGCAAUUGGAGACUCGGAAGCUCCCCUGUACUUGGAACCGGAGGAGUUUCAUAAGAGGCUGGAUCAGGUCGGAGACAAGUCUCUCCUGAUCGAUAUGAGAAACCACUUUGAAAAUGAGGUGGGAACGUUCAAGACGGCCGUCAAAAUGGAUUGCACGACAUUCAAGGAGAACAUGGAUUUGCUGGAUGAGCUUCUAGAGGGUCGGGACAAGAGCAAAGAGGUCCUCAUGGUCUGCACUGGAGGCAUCCGAUGUAGUGUCUCUGGUCGGUACUUGAAACAAAAGGGAUUCGAGGAUGUCAAAAUGCUGAAGGGAGGAAUCACCAGCUACGGUCGCUAUGUCAAGUCCAAACCCGAGAUCAAGUCACACUUUGUCGGCAAGAACUUCACCUUCGAUGGCCGUCGAGGCGAGCGCAUCACCGAGGAUGUGAUCAGUUCCUGUCACCAGUGCAGCACCCCUCACGACAACAUCACCAACUGUGCCAACACUCGUUGCCAUGCCCUUUUCAUCCAAUGCCCCACCUGCAGUCAGAAAUGGAACAACACCUGUGGACCAGAAUGUCAUCAUGCUGUUGAGACGGGUUGUGGACCCGCCAUAACAAAGCCAUAUGAUUAUCAUACUCAAGUCCGCCCUGGCUCGCUUCUGACGACUGAGGUAUCCAAAGCCGCCUGA